AUGAGUAUUUUAGUUAACAUUAAGUGGAACAAGACUUAGCUUAAUGACAUCGAGCUUGACACAAACUAAGAUGUGCUUACUUUCAAGACCUAGAUAUAUGCAAUGACUAAUGUGCCAGUCGACAAGUAAAAGAUUAUGUUCAAGGGAAAGAUCCUCAAGGAUGAUUCUGACUUGCCGAGUAUGGGUAUCACAGCAGGCACCACUCUGAUGAUGAUGGGCACACCUGAGGGAGGCGAACUCAAGAAGCCAGAAGUGGUAUAGAAAUUCGUAGAAGAUAUGACACCCGAGGAGAGAGCAAAGAUUCUUCAUGAGAAACUAGGAGUUACUUUACCGGCAGGUCUUGAGAAUCUUGGUAACACUUGCUAUAUGAAUUCAACUGUUCAAUGCUUAAAGAGAGUAAAUGAGUUAAAGGAUGCACUUAAGAACUAUCAAGAUAAUUAACCAGGUUAUGACUAGAACAAGGUUAUGGCAAUGGCUGCCAAAAAACUAUUUACAGACUUGGACUUCAAAGGAGAGCCCUUUGCUCCAAUGAACUUCGUUCAAGCAAUGAGAAUGGUAUUCCCCCAGUUCGAUGAGGUAGAUGAUCACGGUCAUCAUAAGCAGUAGGAUGCUGAAGAGUGCUACUCAAAUCUUUUGACUGCCUUCAAGAAUUCAUUAAAGCUGUCUGAGGAAGAAGGUGGAGAUUUAGUCGAAAAGCUAUUCGGAAUCGAACUUGAAAAUACAGUCACUAACUCUGAGAACAAAGAUGAACCACCUCAGCAUACCAAAGAGACUCAACUUAGAUUGAGUUGCCACAUUGACAACAAUAACAACCCAAUCAACCAUUUGGCUGAGGGACUUAAGAUUAGUUUGUGCGGAGACAUGGAGAAAUUCUCAGACACACUUCAGAGAAACGCAGUUUAUCACAAAGAGUCAAAGAUCAAUAAACUUCCAUCAUACUUAACAAUUUAAUUUGUGAGAUUCUAUUGGAAAAAGGAAAGCACACUUCAGGGUACCAAAGCAGGCAAGGCUAAGAUUCUGAGAAAUGUUACUUUCCCCAAAGUAUUCGAUCUUUACGAUUUCUGUACUGAUGAGCUAAGAAAGUCUCUUGACUUGGGUAGAGAAUUCGAACGUAAGCUCAGAGAAGAGGAAGAUAACCGCAGACUACAAGGCAAAGAUGUAGAGAUGGCUGAUGAAUCCAAGCAGGAUGAUGGCAAGGACAAAGAAGAGGAAAAGAAAUUGGUUAUUAACAAAAAGAAGGCUCAAUAAGAGGAGGAGAUUAAAGUCUCAGAUGCUAUGCUCUACAGACCACAUGGCAUUGGACUUGAUACUGGUCACUAUCAACUGAUUGCUGUUGUCACACAUAAAGGCAGAUCAGCUGAUGGUGGGCAUUACGUCGGAUGGGUUCAUUAAUCAGGAGAUGACUGGCUUCAGUAUGAUGAUGACCUAGUGAGCACUGUAAAGACUGAUGAAAUUUUGGCUCUAAGAGGCGGUGGUGACUGGCACACUGCUUACCUGUGCAUUUACAGAAAGUUAGAAGUCACAAAAUGA